AUGGACUUCUUUAAUUUGAAUAACAAUACCCGCAGCAAUAGUGACAACAGCAACAACAAUAACAACAACAACAACAAUAAUAAUAAUAAUAAUAAUAAUAAUAACAAUAAUAACACGAAUGCUGGUGCCAAUGGUGUUGAGGACUUCCAAAAUUUCUUCGACCCAAAAACUUUUGACCAUAGCCUGGAUUCUAAUAACAACAACGCAGCUGCAGCUAGCACGAACUUUACCUCUCCAGUGCCGAUGGUAAAUAACACUGCCUCCACUGCAAAUGCUGGUAACUUCGUUCAGAACCAAUCUCCCCAGUUUAACUCGCCAUAUGAGUCGAACAACUCAAACCUCAAUCUGAACAGCCUGUCUCCGCAGGCCAUCUUGGCAAGGAAUUCCAUCAUCGAUGCUUCCAAUCUGCCUCUGCAAAAUCAACAGCAACUAUAUAGCGGCAAUAGCAACGCCCCUGCUGCCACCACAAACGAUAAUGUCAUAACGCCUCAUUUUAUUACGAAUGUUCAAUCCAUUAGCCACGCUUCUUCUGUUUCUACCCCGAAUGCGAAUGCAAAUCCAAACGCAAACGCAAACUCGAACGUAAACCCCACCCCCAACGCUAAUCAUCAAUUUUUACCUUUUAAUAAUGGAGCUUCCAACACCAACGGGAUGGCGGCUAGCCAACUUAUUUCCAACCACGGUACUCCGAACUUGACGGGUAGAUCGUCUUCUACAGGUAAUGACUUUGUCCCAAACCCAAACAACAACAAUUUGAGUAGCAACGGUAAUAAUAACAGCAACCCAGCAGCAACCCCACUUCCACUCCCCAAUGGCAACAACAGUACAGGAAACAACAACAAUGCUGCUGCCGCCAAUAACAACAACGCCACUUCAAACGCCAAUACGGUAUUCUACGAAAGAGCCGCCAUGUUUGCAGCUUUACAACAAAAGCAACAGCAACGUUCUCAAGCUUUGCAACAACAACAACAACAACAACAGCAACAACAACAGCAACAACAACAGCAACAACAACAGCAACAGCACCAACAACAACAGCAACAGCACCAACAACAACAGCAACAGCACCAACAACAGCAACAACAACAGCAACAGCAACAGAAUCAACAGCAAAGUGCCAAAUAUUUACAAAAUCAACGUCAACAACAACAAAGAUCAAUCUUACAGAGUUUGAACCCCGUAUUACAAGAAAAAAUAUCCACAGAAUUAAAUAAUAAACAAUACGAACUCUUCAUGAAAUCUUUGAUUGAAAACUGUAAAACAAGAAACACGCCGUUACAAUCGAUUCCAGAAAUCGCUAAUAGGAAAAUUAAUCUUUUCUAUCUUUAUAUGUUAAUUCAAAAAUUCGGUGGUGCUGAACAAGUAACAAGAAACCAACAAUGGUCUCUAGUGGCUCAAAGACUACAAAUAUCGGACUACCAACAAUUAGAAUCCAUUUAUUUUGGAAUCUUAUUACCUUAUGAAAAAUACAUGAUUUCUCAGGAAGGUAUCAAGGAAACUCAGGCGAAAAGAAUUUUCUUACAACAGUUUCUGCAAGAACUACUAAAGAAAGUUCAACAACAGCAACAGCAGGCCACGUUAAUCAAUAAUAAUACUAAUACCUCAUCGGUUCCUACUCCCACAGCCUCCACUUCCGUCCCCGCUGCUGCCGUUCCUGUUACGUCAAAAACAAGCACACCUUCAGGGACAGUUCCGGUUUCUACAAACAUCCAAAAAAAACUUAACAACAAUAGUAACAAUAUUAAUAUUAAUAUGAAUAAUAACAAUAUCACGCAACAACAAUCCAAAAAACCAAGAAAACCAAGAGUGAAGAAAAAAACCAAAAAGGAACUGGAACAAGAACGCAAAGAAAGGGAGGAAUUUCAAAUAAAACAGCAAAAACUUUUGGAAAAUCAACAAAGGCAACAAAAAUUGUUAUUAGAAACGAAAUUGCGCCAACAAUAUGAACUUGAACUAAAAAAAUUGCCUAAAGUUUACAAGAGAUCAAUGAUCAGAAACUACAAACCUUCAGUUAACCCCAUCAAACACUAUAACGGCUAUGACAUCAACUAUAUCUCCAAAAUAGGUGAAAAGAUAGACUCCAAUAAACCAAUUUUUCUUUUCGCGCCAGAAUUGGGUGCCAUCAAUUUACACGCUUUAUCAAUGUCUUUACAGUCGAACAAUCUGGGCGAAAUCAAUACUGCUUUGAACACGUUACUAGUAACAAGUGCUGACUCGAACCUAAAGAUAUCUUUGAUCAAAUAUCCGGAAUUACUAGACGCUUUAUCAAUACUCGGGUUGAAUUUGUUAUCCAAUCUAUCACAAGAUAUAAACCCGUAUCAUCAAAAGACCCCAGAUUAUCAUUAUCAAGAUGUUGAAUCUGAUCAGUACUAUGUUACCCAACAUGACAAAUUAGUCGACAAAAUCUUUGAAAAGGUCAGCAACAAUGGUGUCCCUACGCCAAACGAUCCUAAUGAUGAAAAAGUUUUCACUAUACUAGUGGACUCUUUGACAGGAAAUCAAUUACCCACUCCAACCCCUAUUGAAGCAGAGUCAGAAUUCGAUCCAGAUCUCCACGUAAACGAACUAUCGACCUCUUCUUCGGUCAAACAGUGGAAUCUCUUACCUGAACCAAUAAGAUUCCUACCUAACCAAUUCCCUUUGAAAAUUUAUAGAACUCCGUAUUUACACUCUCUGAAAAAAAUCAAAGAUGAAAUUGAUGAUCCGUUCUCAAACAUAAACAAAAGAGGAGCAGAGGAUCCCAAGAUUCUAAUCAAUGAUCAGUUAUCCACCAUUUCGAUGAUCCUAAGGAAUGUUUCAUUCUCGGACAACAACUCCAGGAUUAUGUCAAGGAAUUUCUACUUGAAAAGAUUUAUAUCAGAUUUACUUUGGUUGAUCUUCAUUCAUCCUGAAAAUUUUGCCAGCAACAGGAAACUAUUGAACUUCAAGAAAGAUUUGAUUAUUGUUUUGUCAAACAUUUCCCAUCUGUUGGAAGUCAGUUCAUCCAUCGAUUGCUUUCUGAUUCUUAUUCUAGCAACAAGUUUUGGUCAACCAAAACAGAAUCCAAUGACCUCGUCUUCAUCGUUUGGCUCAGACUCUUUGACUUUCAACGAGUUUCAAUUGCAGUGGGGUAAAUAUCAAACUUUCGGUGUAGAUAUUUUGGCUAAGUUGUUCUCACUGGAGAAACCAAAUUUGAACCUUUUCAAAUCUAUUUUAUUGAACAACAGCGUCAUCACAUCUAACAGUAAUCAUAAUUGCAACAGUAAUAACAACCAUAAAGACAGAAAAUUAUUACAAAGACUUUUAGAUCUAUACAAUAACAACAACAGAAACAAUAACAACAAGCAUAAUCUAUUAAAUGAUGUGGUUUCGUUUUUGUUUUCGGUUAUACCAUUCCAGCAAUUGUUAUCACAGCCAUCAGACGCAAAUUCGUUAAUCGAUCAACUUUCCCCAGUAAUUUCUCAAAGUUUAACUACCGUUUUAGUCAUAGUGCAAAAAGUGUUACCUCUAUCCAACGAAGCAUUGCUGAUUACUGAAAGCAAUACGAGUCAUAAUAGUAAGAACAAAGAUUCCAGUUUUACCUUUCACAAAAAUUUACCAUUUGUUUGGUUAAAUUCCGAAGAAAACAUUGGGUCUGGGUUAUUGAAAUUAAGUAAAUUAAUAUUGGAUAUCAACAAUAGUAGUAAUGCCACCGUCAAAAAUUCUUUGCUACAGCAACAAACCCAACCAAAGAUGCUUCUGCCGUCGAUUAACAUAUCCUGCAUUCAGUUAAUCAAAUUUCUGAUUGAAAAAAGUAUUAAUUUUGAAAACUGCUUAAACAACGAAUCGAACAUAUUAAAGAAAAUAGCAUCAAUUCCAAAUUUGUUUCCCACGGAUUUAGAAAUUUUCCAGUUAUUCACUAACCCAUUAAUUGAUAUUCAAGUGAUAAAUCAGUAUCAGUUACUUUACAACUUGAAAAACCAAAUUCUAACUAAUUUGAAAUGA